GUCAUCGGAGCACGUCGACCCUCUCCUUUCUCCCCGCCCCACCGAGGUACGGGAACCCGGAAGGGCCGCGCCCAUAGCUCCGCCUCUGGAGCAACUAACGACGGAGCGCGGGGCAGGGGAGAGAUUCGCAGAUGGACCUGGUAGUCCGCAGUAGGGCAGCAUGGAGGCGCCCCGGGGGAGCGUCUACGUUGAACAGGGCUGGUACGUCUCUGCCCAGCAGCCUGAAGAGGCGGAGACUGAAGAGUUGAGUCCGUUGCUAAGCAACGAACUUCACAGACAGGGAUCCUCAGGUGUUUCAUUUGGUUUCUCAGUGUUUAAUCUGAUGAAUGCCAUCAUGGGAAGUGGCAUCCUUGGCUUAGCUUAUCUUAUGGCUAAUACCGGUAUCCUUGGAUUUAGUUUCUUGCUGGUGAUAGUUGCUCUCCUGGCUUCUUACUCAGUCCAUCUUCUACUUAGUAUGUGUAUUCAGACAGCUUACUUGGGUCUUGAACUAACAUCUUCGCGGUUCUUCAUACACAGUGAUGCACCUGUCUUCCAUUGAUUGAAUUUCUUCAGUCGUAAAAUUCUCUGUAGAGGUAGGCUUUUC